AUGGAGGGUUCCCGUCCAGACCCCUGUAGCAUUGUUGGUCUCUUGGUUACCAAACCAGACUUCAGAAGUUCAUUCAAGUCUGGGGAUAUUAUCGAAAUUGAGUUCAUCUCGGCUCCCGAAGUCACCACCAUCGACGAGAUUAACUUGACGAUUAGUUGGGAGGGAAAAGCUCAUGUUCUCGACACUAACGUUACCUUGACUCCUCCCGGCCAAAGAACCUACACUCUUAGGUACACCCUUCCUGAGGACUUGAAACCUGAUGCUCGAUACAGCGUUGGAAUUGGUUCCUUGUGGAUGGCUCAAUCUUGCACCUUUUCUAUCAAUGAACCGAAAUGGGGCCUCACGAUUACAACUCCUGGGAUUGAUCAAUACUAUAAAAGCGGUGGUCAUGUUGUUGUCAAGUGGGAAGAUCGUAAGUAUCUUAUUUUUCUCAUGGGGUUGUUCUCGGUAAAAUCAAUUCGCCUAAUGUUGAAUGUUGCACCUUACGAAAUCACAGCUUUCAACCUUUACCAGGAUCUUAAGUUUCAAUUCAUCAAGAUUUGUACAUUUAACAGCAUUAACAAUCUCGUUUGGACAUCUGUAUUGGCUCGGGAUGUUCCAAUCGCUAGCGGUAGAUACAUCGUUAAACUUCCCGAAAACCUUACGGUCCACAAAGGCUAUACCAUCGGGUUUCGUGUCAUUCGCGAUGACCGGAAUGAAGACUACUACACGUGUCCCUUCAGCAUUAUCUGA